AUGACCAGUGCUGCUAGACUUCUGGAAAAUGCUGGGGGUAGAGCACGGCGCAAGAGCAUCGCACCAUUCAGUGAGAUUGAUAUCGAAAACCAGUUUGUAACAUGGAAAAAACUCCAACCAGCAUUGAUAUAUGACGUCAGCGUGAAUCCAAAAGGCGCAAUUUACUGGUAUUGGUCGUGUAUCGUGUCAACAGCGUGUUUUUAUAAUCUUAUAUUCAUCACAAUCCUUGUUUUCGAAGACAUUCGAGAUGGCUUCUACUCUCAAUGGAUUACGGGGAACCUGAUAUGUGAUGCGAUCUACAUAAUCGAUAUGUGGAUGCAAUCGCGGAUAUUUUUCUACGAAAAUGGUUGCAAAGUCGCAGAAAUAGCCGAGACGCGGAAGAAUUAUUUCUCAAGCACUCAUUUUAUGCUGGAUAUCCUCUCUAUUCUUCCAAGUGACCUAAUUCUUUUUAUUCAGUACGACGCUUCGCUGGUUAGAUUGAAUCGCUUGCUAAAAUGCUACCGCCUAUUCGAGGCCUUUGACCUUGCUCAAGGAAGAUUCAAACAGGUCUUCGUCUCGUUAGUGAAGAUUGUUGUCAGUUGCACCUUAAUUUUUCAUUGGAAUGCAUGUGCUUUCUACAUAAUUAGCACCUUCAGAGACACAACAUCAUGGGAUGAAGUUAAUGCGACAUUCGAUGACGAUGAUGGCUGGCCAUGGCCUUAUAUGCCCGAGAAGAUUACCGACGUUCACUUUGCUGAUUGCUCACAUUUUGAGCAAACGUGCAACUACAGCCAAAUAUACGUUGACGAAGAAAGGGAGGCGCAUUUAGUUGAUCUGUUACGUUACUGGGAGAACAGAACCAUCAACAUUGGUUUUUCUACAUUCACAAAGGCAUAUGUGCUCUCAAUGUACUGGUCAGCAAUGACAAUGACAACGUUGGGAGAGCAGCCCUCGCCCAACGAAACUCUGCAGUCGGUGUUUGAGAUCUUGGAUACAGUUUUGGGCAUGGUUCUUUUUGCCGGCAUAAUGGGAAGUGUUGGAGACCUUGUGGCAAAAGCAAACAUGGUUAAAGCUGAUUGGCAACAAUUGAUGGAUGGAUUAAAACAGUUCAUGACCUACAGAAACCUAAAUGCUGAAUUUCAACGACGUGUUUUGAAGUACUGCGAAUACGAAAUGUCUAAGGAGGAAAAAGUCACUGAAGAAGAAAUGCGAAGUGACCUUCCACCUAAGCUUUACACGCAGGUCAACAAGUAUAAACAAUGGACAAUUUUGGCAAAGUCUCCGUUGUUCGAUCACUGUGAGGUGACAUUUCUGAAGGAUUUGGCUACUUAUCUAGAGCCACGCGAUUUUGGGCCAAACGAUGUGGUGUGCGCGAGAGGGGAAUUGAAUAAGGAAAUGUUCAUCGUUGCUUCUGGAUACUUGAAAGUGGUGGAUGUGAACGAUGUUCCUGUAAGAACAUAUCAAGAGGGGGAUGUGAUAGAAGAUCGAUCGUUGGUGUGGUUUCCGAACAAUCGCUAUCGUAAUCGAAGGAAUUUCAACGUGAUUUCUGUUGGGUACUCACAGGUAUACAUCCUGUUCCGAGAUGAUCUGUUGCAAAUCCUUAGAGAUUAUCCCACCUCAAGAGAAAAGAUACGAGUCAAAGCCGAACUCUUGCAAUCGGAAGCUGGAGACCUGGCCGAGGAGAAUCUUCCCAUGGAUAAUGAUAUGUACGAGGAAUCUACACUAGAAGAGCGACUAAUCGCUAUGCUUGGUGUGAUUCGUGUUUUGGAGAACGAUGUCAACGAGAACUAUGAGAGAUUCAAGAAGAACUCGAGCGGAUUCAAGUCUCGCUUGGCUGCUCUGGAACGCUUUUGUACAGAUAUUUUACAAUGA